AUCGUUUCAAUUUUCUACUCCGGCCGCCAGUUCAGAGAGCGUCUUGCAUGUGUCGAGACCAUGCAUGGCGUUUAAAUGUUUAUGGUGAGGCUGCCAGCAUGCAAAGUUGAACAUUCUCAGUAAAAAAAGGGGCAUUUUCAAUCUGUCAGCAUUGAAUGAAAAGAUAAAAAUGGUUUCUGAUGAAGAAGAUGGGGCUACUACUCACACCACCACCAGCAGGUUUGACUGCAACAUCUGCCUAGAUUCUGCACAUGACCCUGUGGUCACUUUUUGUGGUCAUUUGUACUGCUGGCCUUGCAUUUACCUUUGGCUAAGCACCUCCAAUGAACACCCUUCUCACCACCCCAAUUGUCCUGUUUGCAAGUCUUAUAUCUCCAAAUCCACCCUCGUCCCUCUUUACGGUGACAGCGUAUCGUCCUCGUCCUCCUCAUCCUCGUUCUCGUCCUCCUCCUCCUCGUCUGACUCUGAUACCAAGAAGCACCAACCGAACUUCGUCCACAUACCUCAAAGGCCACCGGCUCUUAGUGUGGGGGUGGUGCAUGAUAAUCCCGAUGACCCGCCGCCACCGCUACCGUCAGAACCGCCGCCGUACAUGUCUCAUUCCCUUGGGGGCAGCCAUGGUUCCACUCGGGCUGGCAUUGGUGGCACAGUCAUUGCCGGAUUUUUUAACCCCACCAUUGGGGAAAUGUUUUCUGCAGCAAUGUUUGGGAGCUACGAUGCUAACUUGUUAUUAGCCUAUCCCAGUCUGGAUCCAAGAAUUAGGAGGCAAGAAAUCAUGGUGGGCAGAUCACUUCAUAGAUUAUACAUCUUUCUCCUGUUUUGCCUCAUUUU